GAAAACUAUAUCACAGAUGAUAUUGGAAUAUCAACUUGGAAGGAGCAGGCUUUUCUCUCCCAUGGUGCCUUACUAGCAAAGAGCUGCCAAGCUGCAAUGGAAUUAGCAAAGCACGAUGCUGAGGUUCAGGAUAUGGCAUUUCAGUAUGGGAAGCACAUGGCCAUGAGUCAUAAGAUAAAUUCGGACCUCCAGCCUUUUAUCAAAGAAAAGACAGGUGACUCCAUGACUUUUAAUCUAAACUCAGCUCCUGUAGUCUUACAUCAGGAGUUUCUCGGAAGAGAUUUGUGGAUUAAGCAGAUCGGAGAGGCUCAAGGAAAAGGAAGAUUAGACUAUGCUAAGUUGCGAGAAACAAUCAAAGCUGGCAAAGGUGUGACUUCAGCUAUUGACCUGUGUCGUUACCAUGGAAACAAGGCACUGGAGGCCCUGGAGAGCUUUCCUCCCUCAGAGGCCAGAUCUGCUUUAGAAAACAUUGUGUUUGCGGUGACCAGAUUUUCAUGACACCAAAUUAAAAAGACACUAUUGUUCACAGGCUGAAAAACCUAGGGAAUGAGGGGAUCGAGAGAGUCUUCAUGAUGAAAUAUCUAAAUGUGUAAUGACUUUAAAAACAUAUACAUUUUUUCCUUCUUUUUAUCACAUUGCUAAAUGAAUACUAUCUUCUUUUUGAAACUGCUACAGACAAAAUUAGAAGAAAAAAAGGUCAAGCAGUUUCCACUUGUCAUGCCAGAAGCACACUUGAGGCUGCAGUAGCAGAAAUAAUUAAUGAGAUUUGCUCCUGUGACCUCAGCAAAUGGACAGGAAAUAAGUCCUUAUUGAUUGGACCGAGCCAGGGAUGGCGCCAGGGCGGUGGCCUGUGGUUUUCCUUCUAGAGAGGACAGAGCAAGCUGGAAGCUGCAGGUUUCAAGAGGAACACCAUCAAUGCCUGCCAGGGAGGACUGUCAAAUCAAAAACCAGUGACCAAUUUGUUGUAAUGGAGAAUAAUUCAAAGAAUUAAGAAAAAUAUGCUUUAUUUGUCACCUUGUAAUUAUGUCUCUGUAUUUAUAGAUACAAUAUGAAUAUACUUUGUGCUUCACAGUUUUUGUAACUUUUUUUUUAGAAAAGUUGCUGAAAAGUUGCCAAAUAUUUGAAGUAGGAGAUUAAAAUGUUAUCAAAUGUUAACUUCAUUGUUAGGAAUUGCCUGUUUUUCUUUCUUGAUUAUCAAUUUUUUUUUCAAACAAAUUUCAAAGAACCAAACAUUUUUUUUAAGGAAAAAGCAGCUUUUCUCAAGUAAAAUGUAUUUGUUUGUAAUAGUUGGUUUAGAUAAUACCUUCAAUUUUUACAAGUUUCACAAAUAUAAUUGUUGUACUGGGGAA